UGAAUGUUUUGGCGUGCGGACGUUACGUAGCUCAGAUUUCUCGUGGCUCGAGAUUCAAGUGUUCAGAACGGAGUUUCGUCUUCGGGUGCGUGUGUAUUGGUGCCGUUUUAUCACGCUAUCUCAAUAACAGCGAUAACAGCAGCAGCAACAUUGGUCACUAAUUAAAUGCUGAAGUGUCUGUGUGUCAAUUGAAUCUGUACGACUUUUGAUUGAAUUAAAUUACAAAUAAUUACAAAAUACAAUAGCGAUCUGCAGUAAACGGUAAUUAAGCGAACCAGCGCGCUAAUUUAAACGAUUUGAUCGGGUGCCAAAAGAUAUUCUUUACACACACUCCUUUUUUUGGGAUAAUUAAAAGGACAGUGUUUGCUUGUCUGUUGGAGUGAGCGAGUGUGUGUCUGUGUGCAGUGGUUGUGGAGGAAUUUCUCAUUAAACCGGCGCUAAAAGGAUUACGAACCCGUUCAUCUUCAUCAUUCCCGCAGCGGACCAAAUAGCGUUCCUAUUCUUUGGACUCUUUCAGCGACCGGAAACUUAACCCCGAAAAACCGAUCUUGAAAUUAUGAUGUCGCAUCAAAUGCAGCAGACACGUCGCCGUUUGGGCUCCGUUAGCGAUUCGGCGCCACCAUCGGAAUCCAGUGAGGGCACAGGCUCCUCUUCGGAACCACGUGAUGAGUUGAUCCUACACCCAGAUUGGUCAGCCCAUUCCCAUUCGUCAGCACAGAGGAGCAGUGCCCAUGGAACCACAUCGCUAUACAAUGCCUCGGAUAUCGAUGCGGACACUAUCAGCACAGACACCACAAGCAACACAAAUCUUUCGGACUACGAGCGCAGUCAGGUGGAGAGCUUCUUUGGAGGAUUGGGCACGGAGAUUUUUGUCAGUGGGGCCUUGGCUAAUCUCUAUGAGGGAACCGGAAACGAUGGAGAUUGGCGUUUGGUAUUCACUGGCAUACCAGUGAUACUCCACGAUAAGGGCAACUCGAAGGCCAGAGCUAUACCCAGAGUUACUCUGGUACUGGCGGAGAGGGGUUCCUGCUUUGCCCUAUGGUCAGAUCGGAUUGAUAACCUAUCGAACUAUCGGAUUGCGGGUCCAUCGUUUCACACCAUGUGCCGGUCGAGCAAUCAUCAGCAGAUGAUUGGCUUCAGCUUCGAUUCCACAGAUGCAGCCCGUGAAUUGUGGCAGCAUGUGGAGCGUUUGGUUAGCAAUCCGGAGAAUGAGGCACUGACCGUUCCCGGAACCCGAAAGCAGAAGAAACAGAAGCGCGUUAAGCCGGCUCCGUUGCCACCGAAGUCACAGAUUUCCCAUCCGUGCCAGUUCCAUCAUGUGACCAGUGUGGUGAAGGAGGACAGUGAGCGAUACUACAGCAUGCAGGCCUUCGGUCCCCCGAAUCCCCAGCAGCAUCGUUGAGUAGGGUCGGGCGCGUGGAUCUGGAACACGAGCGCCCUUUGGUGGCAGAACUGAGCCUGCCUCAAAUCUAAAAACCCCACAACAAAAACAUCCAGCAAAAAAAACCCCUUAGUUAGUACGCCUAGUUAUAGAUACAUUUGUUAUAGCCCUAAGUUAUGCCAAUGUGUGAUCCGAGUACCGAACUCGGCCAACACAUUUAUCUGUGAUACGAUUUAGGCGUCUUUAAUUUAGAAGAGGUAACUAAAAGAAAAAAUUUGAUAAAUAACAUUUUUUAAAGAAACAGAAAAAAUAGUAAAUAAAAUGAGACAUUUUCUCAAGCUCUAAUAACAUAUUUAACGAUUAACGCUUGUCAAUAAGCGAGUUUUUUGUAAAACCUUUUCUAAUAUCACGCAUAGAAACAUAUACCCGUAAUGCAUAAUUAUAUAUUCGUACCAUAUAGUCCUGAUAUCUAUCGAGUAAUCUGUAUGUCCACAUUUGCAGGCUCUGCGAAUAAUUUUUGAUACCUAUAAAGCUUGUUUUCUAAUCGGAUUAAUGACUAAGCCCAGACAAGACGAAACAAAAACUGUUUUUGAAAUCUAUGUAUCAUAUUAUAUACAUGAAUAUAUAUGCUAUAUUAAACCUAUCUAUAUAUUAUAUGUAGCUCUAAGCAUUACAUCAUAGCCACUUGUCUGUAUAUCUCUGAACUUCAUAUUUUGCCUGUGCAAAACAAUCGCGAGAAUCAAAUAAAGCUGACAGAAAAAAACAAAA